GACGUCACCGUUGUUGACAUUUUGCUCCGCCAUUUUUAUUAUGAUUACCGGGCAAAUAAGUAUACCCGUCUGCAUGAUUUACUGAAGUGAAUUUUUCCCAAGGAUUUCCCAGAUAAAGUUCUGUGGAUUUCCACAGAAAACAGGACCUAAAUUCCUUUUAGGAACAACCGUGUGAGCAUCAGUGAAGAUCCGCUGCGCUGAAUUUUCAUAGAAAAAGUGCCAUCAGCAAUAUAUAUGCCAAAUGCAUCUGAAAAUGGCAUAUGCUGAUGAGCCAACUAGUAUAGAAUGCAUCAACAGAUCAGACCUGUUCCCAAAAAAGAAACUGGUUCGGGAGGAUGAAUCCCUCCAGAUCCCCAUUCCCCUUCUUCCCGGGGAAGCCGGGGAGUUCCUGGGAAGGACCACUGAUGGGGUCAUUGCUCUGUCCAAUUACAGACUCCUGGUCACGUUCAAGAAGGCCUUUGUAAAUGUGCCCAUUGGAAUGAUCGAUUCCGUCGAACGGACAGAUAUCUUCUUCCUGAACAUCUACUGCAAGGAUGCUACAGUAGCAAGGUGUGGCUUUAAUGACAAUGAUGCCUGUCAGUCCUGGUUCCUCCGUAUCAUGAGCAAGCUGACCGCUCCCAAACAGCUCAAUGAGUUCUUUGCCUUCACUUUUCACGCCUGGUGCCAAGACCAUAACUCUGGUUCUCAGGAUCCAGAAAACUGCCAUCAGUUGUGCCAAAAAGAUGAGACCUACGCAUACAGUUUCGGGAAAGAGAUUGAGAGACAGAAAUUUGAUCUGAAGAGUGGGAAGGCGUGGCGCAUCACCUAUGUCAACGAAGACUUCAGUCUGUGUCCCACGUACCCUCGGAAUCACAUCGUACCGGCCAGCAUCACUGAUGACGAGAUCAAGAGUUCGGCUGGCUUCCGGUCUCUCAAGAGGUUCCCCUCCGUGGUGUGGAGAAACCAAAGAAAUGGUGCAGUGCUUGUAAGGUGCAGUCAGCCGGAGAUCGGGUUCUUUAAUUGGCGGAACACGGAGGAUGAGAACCUGAUGAAGGCUUUCUCCGAGGCUUGUGAACAGAACCCUGGGAAGAGUCAGAAAAAUCCCAACGUCAGUGAGGACACCAGCGGCUCAGAAUCCGGCUCACAAAGUGAAGAAGACCUUGAUGGCUCAGACAAAAGGGUCAUGAUAGUGGACUGUAGGUCCUACCGAGCGUCCAUGGCAAACCGACUGAAAGGAGGGGGAGUGGAGUGUGUAGAAUAUUAUCCUACAUGUGAUAUUCAGUUCAUGAAUUUGGACAACAUCCAUGCCAUUAGGAAAGCAUUCACUCAGUUAAGGCAGCACUGUAGUACUGCAUCCGACCAACUCAACUGGCUCUCGAGUCUGGAGGGGACUAAAUGGAUGACCUACUUAGCCAACCUGCUGCGGACGGCGUGUCUGGUGGUGAAUGUAAUGAGUAAGGAGCGGCGCUCGGUGGUGGUGCAUUGCUCGGAUGGGUGGGAUAGGACCUCUCAGAUUGUGUCCUUGGCGGAGUUGAUGAUGGACCCCUACUACAGAACUGUAGAGGGCUUUCAAGUGCUGGUGGAGAGGGAGUGGUUAGAAUUCGGUCAUAAGUUUGCAGAUAGGUGUGGCAAUGGAGUGAACUCCGAAGACCCCAAUGAACGGUCUCCAGUGUUUCUCCAGUGGCUGGACUGUGUAUAUCAGCUUUUCAAACAGUUCCCAUGUGCAUUCCAGUUUAAUGAAGCAUAUCUGAUUAAAAUGGUUCAACAUACGUAUUCCCACUUGUUUGGAACUUUUUUGUGUAACACGGCUCGGGAGAGGUUACAGGGAGAGUUAUCGGUACAAACCUCGUCUCUGUGGAGUCUGCUUCAUCCUAGUAAUUCUCAGUUCUACAAUCAUUUGUAUUCACCCAGCAAGGAGCAACAGGUAUUAAGACCAAAAUUUGAUGUCAGAAAUUUAACUCUUUGGACAUCAGUUUACUUUUCCAAUUACACCUGUUCAACGGACCUGAAAGACUUAGGAUGUGAUCAACAGGAAAUGCAACAAGAAACCAAUACCUGUAAUCUACAGAAAACUCGAUCCUGUGAGAAUCUGGCAGGGCCCAGUCAGGAGCCCAUUAGUAGUCCCAGUCGUAGGAAAAGCGACCCUAGCAUUAUAUUAGAUAACUUUGACCCUUCUCUCUUGACAAAAGACUGUGAUAAGACUUCUAGCAAUGUUUGUGUUUCCAAUGGCACUGUACAUUCUGAAGAUGGCCAUAGAGACAGUGAAUUAAAGAAUGGAACGUCUCCAGAAAAAGAGCAAAAUGGAGAUGUUUCUGCUAGUAAUGGAGUUGUUUCAAAUGGCCAUUGUAGUGAUUUAGAAGAGGAGAAUUUAACAAAUGGAGAUCAAGAUAGCAAAGAUGAUACUGAGCCAGAGAGUAAUGAUGAAAAUAAUCUAGUUAAUGGACAAUGUAAUGGAAAUUCUCAUCACAAUGGGGAUACUGAUACAUCAAGUCCGGCCAUUGAAUGUUCUACGGAUACCAUCACGGAUGGGGAGAGCAAACCCGAGGAGAAGAUAGAUCAUCAAGUUAAUGGCACCAGGCCUGCACAUAAAUUAAGUCUAGAAAAAUUAGUGACUCUUGAGAAAAGUGCCAGCAUUAGCACCAGCACUAGUGAUAUCUCUAAUUCCAAUGUGGACUUGAGACUCCCUGUGGACAGUAUGUACAGUAUUCAUCAGUAUCUGAGUCGGUCCACGCCUUUACGGCUGACCUGCAGUUCCAAUGGAUUCAGUCAGUCAAAGAGUCCGCUCAAAAGUUUGCCAACCACUCCAGUCAAUUCCCAGAGUUCCACUUGUCCACCAACACCAGCAACUGACAAGUCUUCUGAAUCCCAGUUUUGUCACAAGGUGGGGCGCCUCAGCAGACAUCUUGAUUCUGACGGACUCACAACCUUUAAUGAUCCCGUUCAACAAGGCAUACAGAAGAUUAAAGAGGAUUAUGAAAGAGAAAUUAAGGUGAUCAGAAAUCACCUGGCUGCAGCCAAUGCAGCUCUCCUUCAGCAUGCUUCAGCCUGCAGUGGUGGAACUAGGUGUAUUUUGGAUAAAGAUGAUAUGCUUUUAUCCCCGGAUGUCAAUGGCGAUUUCAACUCUCUUGGAAGUAAUGCUGCAUCGGAUGUCAGCUGGGAGAACAUUGACGAAAAUGAGUCCAAGAUGAUUCGCUGGGUUCCAGACCACGCUGUCACUCACUGUGCUGAGUGCGAGUCAGGCUUUGGGUUUCUAGUCAGAAAACAUCACUGCAGGAACUGUGGAAACAUUUUUUGCGGGAAUUGCUCAGAGAACUUCAGCAUGAUUCCUCACCAGAACUUAAUGACUCCAGAGAGAGUCUGUAAUCGCUGCUUCAACAACCUGCAGAGGAUUUCCAAACACGUGCGAGCAUCUAACGGGGUGGUCGACGAACGACCGCUUGCCUAUGCAGCUUCAAACUAGGGCUUCUAAACAAUUUUGGUUUAUUGUUAAAUGUGUGCGUAAAUGAUAUGAUGAAAAUUGAUAUGUCAAACAUAUAUUUUCUCAUGCUGAAUGACUUACGUGUGUUAUUUAAUGCCAAUUAUGUACAAGACUGAUCAUCUGUUCAUUGUCAUUGUUACAUGUUGUUUGCUCUUGUGUUUUGUCUUCUUUCGCUCUAUGUUCAAAUUUCAUUUGCAGUUUACAGCAAAGUAGUAUGGUGGAAUAAAACAUAUACAGUGGUUACAGAUUACAGUUAAUCAUCAUUGUUAAAAAAAUAAAAAUAUCAGUGAUGAACUCUCAAUUAUGGUUAGGAAAUGUAAGAAAUUUAGUGUACAGUUAUAUACCUAUAUUAACAGCUAUUUUGAGAAAUUCAAACCUAAAAUGAUUUUUGGCUCAAAGAACAUUUUUCCAUGUUCUUGGAUUUGUUAAUACUGGAAGUUAAACAAAUCUCCUAAAAUUCUCCAGAUCAGAAUCCAAUUCUCCUGAAACAGAGAGAUUUUUAUGAUCUUUUCCCCUACAGAUGACGAAACGUAUUGAAUACGUUGGGGUAAUAUGUACCGGUAUUAUAGUGGAUGUUUUAAAGGAAUUGUUUUAAAAUUGGAAUGAUCUCAAAUACUGUUGAUUUUUGUUAAUUUCUUAUUCUUAAUACUCAGAAGAAAACAACAUUGUUGACAUGUGCUGUUUAUUCUUAGGUGAUAUUUCAAUGGUGGAAAAAUAAAAUACCAUAUUGGUUUUUUUUUUGUUUCAAAAUAUGUGUAAUAAUUUUACUAAGGAUACAAUACAUUUUGAUUUGAUAGAAGAAAAUAUCUUGAUCUUUUCCAUGUAUUAUUUUAGUUUGGGUUCAAGUUAUCAUUUUUGUUCUAAAUUAAUAUUAGCACUGGAAAGCUUAUGUUUGUUAAUGCUUAUCAAGAAAUAUUGAAGUAGAGGAAAGGGAAGUUUAGUGGGUGCUUGGGCAUGGUAGUUAUCAGCAAAUCCAUCUUUAAAAUAGUUAUCCAAAACCAGAUCAGCCUAGGUUAACUGUAAAACAUUUCCAAAUUGUUACAAGUACAUGUAAUGGAAAUAUUAUACAUGUACAUUAUAGCCAGCAUUUGUCAAUUAGAUUUCAAACCAGGGAAAGAUAUUUUUUUUCAAUUUAGAAGAUGUUGAAUGGUGUAUUUCUGUUUGUACAUUUUUGUACAUAUGUUGAUGGUUUAUUUCAUUCUUCGUUUUUUUUUCUGGUCAAUAGUGCUAUGGAUCUAUAUGUCAUGACAUCAUUGAAAUUGGAUUGGCCACACAUCGUUUAUUUUUUUUUAAAUUUUGAUAGGAAUCUUUGACAGGAAUCUAAUUCUUAAUUUUGUACAGUUGCAUCUACAUGUAUGACCAUAUUACAAUCCCAAAGAUCUACAAAUAUUUAUUUGCAUUACUAUCAGUUUGCACAAAUAAUGUGUAACAUAUUGGUACCAAUUUUUUGAUAAUUCUAAAUUUGGGGGUUAAAGAAAAUUAUAUGAAAGGGAAGUAAUAAUGUUAGUGAAAAAUAACAUUAAUUUACUCCAAUGUUUGAAAAUAAAUGCAGGUUCACAAUGAAUAAAUUAAAACGUCUAAAAAAUAAAUCUGUAAAAUUUAUUCAUUCUUUUAGUUGGAAUUAA